AUGGAAAGAGAGCUCCCUCGUUUAAAGACGCUGAUUCUUCUGCCGGAAGGGUUUUACACCCAUGUUGCGCACAUUUCGAGUGAGCGUCAGGUCGCGUAUGCGUACAUGAAUCCGCAGUCGAUCAAGGCGGAAUGGUUCGUUGGCCAAUGGUCGGCGGUUGUUGUAUUUAGUUCGAUGUAUUAUGCAGGCACUCGAUCGUGGACCAAGUCUUGGGAGUUGAUUCUCUCAGUGGUGGCGUUAGGCGCUGAACUAGUACACUUGCCAGGGCCGCACGAUGAUUUCGAGUGGGGCAAAGGCGUCGACAUGUUGAGGGAUCUUGCGGAAGAGACCAUUGAGCAGAGACCUAGUUUGGCACAGAGAAUCAAGAUUCUGUUGCCUAGGAAAGCCGAAGCGAGCAACAAGAGUCAUCCGUUGUUCGCGAUUGAAGGCAAAACCACGUCACAGCCUCGAUUCUACACAGGUACCAGUGCAAGCAAAUUCUUCAUUCGACGUUGA